ACACACCGGAGAAAAACCCUUCAUGUGUGGAGAGUGUGGAUACAGGACGGCUAACAUGUCUUCCUUAACCAGACACAUGAGAACACAUACAGGUGUGAAACCCUAUAAAUGUGACCAGUGCGACUAUUCUACUGCACGGAAAUCUCAUUUGAAUCGACACAUCGCUAAACACACCGGCGAAAAACCCUUAAUGUGUGGGGAGUGCGGAUAUAGGACGGCUGACAGGUCUGUUUUAACCGUACAUAUGAAAACACAUAUAGGCGAGAAACCUUAUAAAUGUGACCAAUGUAAUUAUUCUACUGCACAAAAAGGAAACUUAGACCGACACAUGGCUAAACACACCGGCGAAAAACCCUUCAUGUGUGGAGAGUGUGGAUACAGGACGGCUGACAGAUCUGCGUUAAAAUCACAUAUGGGUAAACAUACAGGUGUGAAACCCUACAAAUGUGACCAUUGUGACUAUUCUACUGCACAGAAAUCUCAUUUGGAUCGACACUUGGCUAAACACACCGGUGAAAAACCCUUCAUGUGUGGAGAGUGCGGAUACAGGACGGCUGACAGGUCUUACUUAACCGUACAUAUGAGAACACAUACAGGUGUGAAACCUUAUAAGUGUGAUCAGUGCGAAUAUUCUGCUGAACGGAAAAUAUAUUUAGACCGACACUUGGCUAAACAUACCGGAGAAAAGCCCUUCAUGUGUGGAGAGUGCGGAUACAGGACGGCUGACAAAAGGGCCUUAACCGUACAUAUGAGAAAACAUACAGGUGCGAAAACUUGUAAAUGUGACCGGUGCGACUAUUCUGCUGCAAGGAAAAACGAUUUAGACUUACACAUGGCUAAGCACACCGGAGAAAAACCCUUCAUGUGUGGAGAAUGCGGAUACAGAACUGCUCGCAAGUCUGACUUAUCUCGACAUACGAGAACACAUACAGGCGACAAACCUUACAAGUGUGACCAGUGCGACUAUUCUGUUACAGACAAAAGGUGUUUGAAGAAACACAUGGUCACGCACGCCCCUUGAACAGUUCACAGUUGCAAACACUGGACGGUUGAACAACAACAGUUUGUUGGCUCCAUGAACAAGUAAGUUAGGCCUGCACAUGGUUGAACAAACCGCUGAGAAACCCUACAUGUGAGUGGAGCGCGGCUUCACAUGGAUAGACCUUACAUUUAGCGGUAGCUACAGAGCUAAGGCCGUCUAUCGUGUAUUUUAAAUCGUUGUGGUUAUGCUUUGAAAUUUCAGUUUUGCAAUUGCAAGUUUCUUUUCCGUUCAGAUCCUACCUAGACAUACCUAUUAGUAUAGUCAUAAAUACAUAUAGUUGCUCGUUGAAGAGAUUCAUCAGUCACGUUUGUACACAGUUAAUAGAAUUUUCAUCAAAUACUACUUUUAGAAAUGUAAACUCACGUACCUCCAAAUUUUCGAUGGCUAUCAGUCCAUCUUGAUCACAGAGUGACCUAGUGCUCGCGAGAGUUGCGAGAACUGGGUCGAGACUUGCGUGGAUCUUCUGCCCCUCACCCCGCCUCCUUGCGGAGUAAGGGCAAGUAGGACUUGGGCAGCUCCAAGUUGUUGUGUUUUCGCAUGCCCCAAUCUUACGGAAACACAUAUUCAACAGUAAACCGCAUAAUACUGCUGUAGGAGAUACUGAUAUUCUAGUUCAUAAUGCUACCUCAACUAGGUGAAUGUCAAUAUAACACUGUAGUCAUUGACUAGGUGCUGAUGUUUCAUACAUCAUAUCAAAUGUUCUUAGAUUAUCUUCAUUCUUUGUAUUAGAAGUGGUGAUAGCAUUACUAGUAGUAGUAUAUCAUGAUAAUGUAAAUUAUCAUGAUUCAUA